AUGGAAGAAAUCGAUAGUAUUCGAAGAGAAAUCGCAAAGCGAGAAGUCGAACUCGCAGAUCUUCGCUCUCAACUCGCAGCCGCAGAGUCACAAGCCCGUGAAUCUCAAGAAGCGUGGAAAUGGCCACUCAAUAACCACGAGCUAGUUUCCCUUCAGAUGGUUCUGCUUGUUGGAGCGGGAGGUCUGGGAUGUCCUGCUGCUGCCUACCUCGCUGGUUCAGGGAUUGGCACGAUCGGUCUUGUUGAUGGGGAUGAAGUUGAGGUUUCGAAUUUGCAUCGUCAAGUUGCGCAUUCGACGGGUCGUGUUGGUAUGAGCAAGGUUCAGAGUGCGAUUACAUAUCUCAAAGACCUUAACCCGACGAUAACUUAUAAUGCGCACAACACACAUCUUACACCGCAGAACGCUGAGGACAUUGUAUCGGGUUAUGAUUUAGUCCUUGAUUGUACUGAUCAUCCUACGUCCCGCUAUCUCAUCUCAGAUAUCUGCGUUCUCCUCUCAAAGCCUCUUGUUUCGGCAUCUGCAUUCCAAACUUCAGGUCAACUGAUUGUUCUAAACAAUCCUCCUGGAAAAGGCCCCUGUUAUCGCUGCGUAUUCCCUACGCCUCCACCACCAGAUAGCGUGGUUGGAUGUGGUGAGGGUGGAAUCAUCGGACCUAUUGUUGGUACAAUGGGUGUCUUACAGGCUCUGGAGGCCAUCAAGUUGAUUUCAAGAGGUGAUCUCGACACCCAUGGAGAGGCCAAGACACCGAUGUUGUUACUUUUCAGUGGCAUGUCUGAUACUCCUUUCCGAUCUGUGAGGAUGAGGGGUAGAAGAAAGACUUGUCUGGCUUGUGGUGAUGAGAACAGACUGACUUUGAGUGAGUUGAAGAACUCAAUGGACUAUGUUCAGUUUUGUGGUGUCAAGCAGCCUGUUCAGUUACUCCAGCCUGACGAGCGAGUCACGGCGAAGGAGUAUGAUGAGCUCACCAAGUCAGAGAAUAAGGAGAUGCUUCUCGUGGACGUCCGGGAAAAGGAGCAUUUCGACCUCUGCAAUAUUUCAGGUUCGGUCAACAUCCCCAUCAGUCGCUUCAUGAGCGCUCGCGGUGAAACUACACCAGAAGGAUGGCCAAGCGAUCUGCCCCAUUCGACCCCCAUAUACGUCGUUUGCCGAGUAGGCAACGAUUCGCAGAUUGCCGCACAGAAACUCAAGGACCUAGGAUUAGGGAACAACGGAGACAGAUUUAUCGGCGAUAUUCUUGGUGGUAUCAAAUCUUGGAAAGACACUGUUGAUCCAUCUGUACCUUUUAUAUAG